AUGGUGCUUGAGCUCAGAGGUCUCAACAAAAAGAUUUUGGAUCUUGAUGUCGCCUUUAAGUUGCUUCUUUCGGUCUCAAGUAAAUUUGACUCAAUUACUAUUUUAAUUGAGCAAUUUCAGAACCUCACACGAUUUCAGUGGAGGAGAUCAUUAGCACUUUAGAUGUUCAUGAAGAUAAAUUGAAAGACCAUUUGAUUAAGAGGGAGGAGAAGGUGCUUUUCGUAUGAGCCAUAAGGAAAGAAGAGCAGAAAGCCCAUAGUGAUAGAAAUCGUGGUAGAGGUAGAGGUCACGGUAGAGGGAGAAGUUGUGGCAAAGGAAGUGGAAGAUGCUCUUUCAAGAUUGAAGAUAGUGAUGAUAAAUCAUUCUUUAAAGAUAAGUCCAAGGUGACUUGUUAUAAUUACAAGAAGAAGGGACACUACUCAAAUGAGUGUUGGUUUCCUAAGAAAAAGAGAUCGAAAAAUGAUGAAGAAAAGGCAAAUGUUACAAAAGAACAGAUCACAAAGACGACUCUCCUUAUGACAUUUGAAGUAAAUGAAGUCCUCUAA